GCUGACUGUUGACAGCUCUCCAGUGAAGUAAGAUGGUGUAGCGGCGUUAUCUAAUGAAAUGAUGGUGAGUCUCUGACCCUGCGGCACUUUGCUGGCCUCUACAUCUGUGCUGUCCGGUGUAACGUUGUGGUUUACUUGCGGCCAGGCUGUUUGAGAUGGACGGUGGAGAGGAGGUGCGAGUGGAAGCUGCCCCGUACUGCUUCUCUGCCUGUGACGGAGGGGAGGUCUCCGGCCGCAGCCUGACGAGACGCAACAGGAAGACCCGCAGCCUGAGCACCUCGUCCGCCGGCAGCUCGUCUGAAUACAGGUGGGAGUUGAGGAAGGGGAACCACGAUUUGUCAAGGAGGACUCAAUCACUUCAUGGACCAAGCCCUGUGACCACAUUCGGCCCAAAGGCAUGCAUGCUCCAGAAUCCACACGCAGUCAUGCACAUUCAGGACCCCGCCAGCCAGAGACUGACGUGGAACAAGCCCCCAAAAAGUGUCCUUGUCAUCAAGAAGAUCCGAGAUGCCAGUCUGCUCGAGCCUUUCAAAGAGCUCUGCAUAUUCCUCACCGAGAUGAAAAACCUGAUUGUUUACGUGGAAAAGAAAGUUCUGGAGGACCCGGCCAUUUCUGGUGAUGAAAACUUCGGAGCCAUCACAAAGAAAUUCUGCACUUUCAGAGAAGAUCUUGAUGACAUCUCCAAUCGUGUGGACUUCAUCAUCUGUCUUGGUGGAGAUGGGACUUUAUUGUAUGCAUCUUCGCUCUUCCAGGAAAGUGUUCCACCAGUUAUGGCCUUCCACCUGGGCUCCCUGGGCUUCUUGACACCUUUUAAAUUUGACACCUACCAGUCUCAGGUCACCCAAAUAAUUGAAGGUAACGCUGCCAUCGUCCUGCGCAGUCGCUUGAAAGUGCGAGUGCUUAAAGAGAACUGGGACAAGAAGGCCAGAGUGGACGAAAAGGGCAUUAUCCUGACCAACGGGGACAUCGAAAGUAGCCGCAAAGCCGUGCAGUAUCAGGUGCUGAACGAGGUGGUGGUGGACAGAGGGCCUUCGUCCUAUCUAUCCAAUGUUGACCUCUUUCUAGACGGACACCUCAUUACCACAGUGCAGGGAGACGGUGUGAUAGUAUCUACACCUACAGGCAGUACAGCGUAUGCGGUGGCAGCAGGCGCUUCCAUGAUCCAUCCAAACGUCCCAGCCAUCAUGAUCACCCCCAUCUGCCCACACUCGCUCUCUUUCAGACCCAUCGUGGUGCCUGCCGGGGUGGAGCUCAAGAUCAUGCUCUCACGCGGUGCCAGAAACACAGCCUGGGUGUCCUUUGAUGGAAGAAAGAGACAAGAGAUCUGCCACGGAGACAGUAUUACCAUCACUACUUCCUGCUUCCCCGUUCCUUCCAUCUGUUUCCGGGACCCGGUCAAUGACUGGUUCGAGAGCCUGGCCCAGUGUUUACAUUGGAACGUGAGGAAGAAGCAGAACUACCUCAGCUCAGAGGACGAGGAGUUCUGAAGCGGUUUCGGCAAUCUUCUAGGUCUUCUUCGAGGUUUCCAGGACUCCUGAGUCUUUUUUUUUUUUUUUUACCUUGACCGUGCGCUGUGCCGUUUCAUAUUUCAAUGGGUUGAAGGUCUCCAACUCCACUCAAAAAUAUCUGCCACAAUAAUGUCGCUCUUCAUCAAAUGAUUCUAUAAAAGACUGCGUCAAUGAGUAAUGAAACAUCUAGCACUUUGGCUGCAGGUCCACCAUAUUGUAUUUUAGUGGAAUCAGAUUGUGGGAAUAAGAGGCAAGCAAAUAUAAACAUUGAGUCUAAUCAGUCUCACACAAGCUACUCAGAGAAUUAGUAACAUCUUAAUGUUAAAAAUAUGCAGCAUUAAUGAGGAGUCUUAUAAAAUUCCCCAAAAGAUACUGUUAUGUUUUACUGUGCAAGCACGUUAAAAUGGUGGAUUUUUUGAAUGGAGUUUGGCCCCACUGUUGGUCCAGGAUCGUCCCUGUGUGUUUUCACUCAGAUGCCUGUGGAAAACUGGCCUUUUGAAGUCAAAAUGCUUUCUUUUUUGUCUAGUGAUCAAAGGGAAAUGCAAAAAUUGGGAUGUUCUUGGACUAAAAUGCACACGGUCAGCUGUGGAUGGCAGUUAUUGCAAUACUCUGAAUGGGUGUUAUCAGGUCUGUUCUAGCACUUUUUUAUCUUUAAGGUGGAUGGCAGGGACACACCUUUUACUUUAUAAACAACACAAGCUAGUUCUCACAGAGGUAAAGGCAGAGUUGCACCUUUUUUUUCUUUUUCUUUUUUUGGAGAAUUGUAAAGAAAUUUGUCAGAUCAAACUUUCCCUGAAUUAUCUUGUUAAUCAAAUCAGGAAAAACUGAUGUAAUGCCAUUGAUGAAUGGCAAAUGUUUUACACAGUUUCUAGGUGCAUCUUGGGGAAGAGAAGAUUACUUGGCAGUAGUGGCCCGACUGUACAGACUGUGCCUUAAACACUGGUAUCAUUAAUGUAUAGAUUUUUUUUUUUUUAAGUUUCCUUCAUGGUCAUUUUUUAAAAUCAUACACCACACAUCUGUGAUUUGUUCAUUUUCUGAUUAAUUAAAUGUUGACUGUAGUCUGUGCUGUCUGCAGCACAUGAAACGUAAUCAACUAAUUGAAAUAUUUAGUAUGUUACAUUACAGUACCUCUGUUCUGCAGUCAUGUAGUAAAUGCGUUGGAUGAAGUGUUGUGUCAGGAGGUUAUGUUCAUUCCAGGCAAGGAGACCACAGUUCGGAUGUUUCAACGUCUUUUAACAUCGGUUUUUUAAACAAUGUCUUCUUAAGCCAUAGCUGAACUCUGUCUAGGUUUUAUAGACAAACGUCUGUGGGCUUUAAUGGUCUGAGAGAGAGUGUGUGUGUGUGUGUGUGUGUGUGUGUGUGUGUGUGUGUGUGUGUGUGUGUGUGUGUGUGUGUGUGUGUGUGUGUGUGUGUGUGUGUCUGUCAUAGGCUACUUUUGGGGACAAAUUUCAGAUUUCAUUGGGGAUGGCUUGUCCAAUUGAGGACUAAAGCUGUGUCCUUAUGUGGGAAAAAGAUUUUUGGAUUAGUGGUUAAUGUUAUGGUUAAGGUUAAACAAGUUAUGGUGAUGGUUGGGGUCUGCGUAAGUCUCCAGGAAAUGAAUUUAAGUCUAUGUAAUGCCCCCAAAAGUGACCAUGGUCUGAAAUGUAAGUGAGUGUGUGUUGAAUAAUCGAUUUUUUACAGACUUUGGUGAAUCUGUUGUUUUCAGUUUGCCACUGCAGUCUUUGCUAAAUACUUUAAGGUGGCCUACCUUACAUAUCUGUUUGGAUAUCAUUUUUAGAUGUUAAUAUAUACUUGGUGAAUUGGCUCAACUAAUCGUGUUCGGGUGAAAAAACGAAGGUGAAAAAAGGACCAACCGAGCUCUAAAGGCAAUCAUUCCUUUAACUCUGAGUAUGUGUAUAUAUGUGAUGCUUGAAUAAGAUGUAUUUUGUUAAGUCUAUAUGUUUAUUAACCAGUUUACAAUGUAUCAUUGCUGAAAAUAAAUCUAUUUGUUACUUUUUUACAUGAAUACAUUAUUCAGUUAAUUCUUUUUUUGUUGAUGAUGCAAAGUCUAUUUUAACAAUAUUCAUCUUAAACUCAGAUUUUAAACAGUUUGUAACGUGUCAGCAGAACUUGUAGUACAGUAAAGUACAUUCAAAUAGAGCCCACACUUACACAAAAAGCUUUCCAGGUUAACUUGAACAGUGACCUUCUUUAACCCAUGUGCGAAAAUUGAUACUGGUUUAAAAUGUCAGGGCCAGUAAAGUCCAGUUCUACUGUACUUUGAUGCUACAGUUUCACAACAGCAGCAGUGCGGGCUUUGACUUCCCUUUUUUUAUGAAGCAUUGUCAAGUCUCAAAGUGCUUUUCACUUUUGUAACUCUGAGAGCCUCUAACUCUGACUUUUGUAUAGGUAAGUUUGUUAAUGUUUUUAAAGUGAAUUCUGCUAUUUUAUUCCGUCAGAGCACUUUAAUAAACAGAGAGAAACUUUUAA